AUUUAGUUGCACUUGCUUUCUCAUUAAUCCUUAUGUGGGAUUUAAAAGUUACUUAGUUUGGCUGGAAACUGGGGACCAAAAAAAAAAAAAAAAGAAAAAAAAAUCUAUGUUCUUUAGUUUUCAUAUCUAGUACUUUUGAAGUUAUUUAUCUGUAUAACUUUUUGUUUAGAUUCUCUCAAGUUGUACUUUUGUUGCAGAGCUAAGAAAAUAACCCAGAAAUCUUUUAAGAUUUUGGAAUAGAAUUUUGACCAUAUUCUUAAAAAUUAAAAAACAAAAAAAUGUUGGAUAUAUGAGUAUUGAUGACUUUCUACAAAAAUCUAAGAUAAACAUGUUUGGAAGCUGAAAAAGGUGGAUAACUUUUGGUUCAUAUUUAACAGAGGUCCAUCAACAAACUUGUAUAUCUUGGAUUCUCUUUAUCUAACAUCUGGGUUUCGGAAUCCAAAAGUUUUUUAAAAAUUCCAACUCAUUCCCAUGGAUGUUCUGGCGAGCAUUUUUCUUGGGCAUAUUUCAGGUUCAACUUUUAGAGAUUCCCAGGGAAUCUUUUGGGAUGUGGAAUUCGAUUUUUUUGCCAACCGUGAAUUUUUGGCUUUUUUUUUAAUCCGUUGAACAAGGUCAGCAAUGCCUCUAUCCAUUUCAAUAAAGACAGCUCGUUAAGUGCGUCUUCAGCUUUUCGUUUUCGUCUUAAGCUCUCACAAUCUCUGGCUAGCUUUUUCUACUUAUCCAGCUCAUUCAUACUAAUCUGAAUCCCCAGGAAUAACUUUACUAUUGUGCUUUGUAAUUUCCAUAAUGCUUUAUAGUUAUAAACCCUCUGUUUGGCCUGAUCAGACCCAUGGAAUCACUUUCAUAGGUUUAUCUCCCACAAAAUUCUUCAUCUGAAUCAAUGACCAAAAUCUGAACGUUUCUUUCUCACAUGCUUGUGGAAAAUACGCAGAGACCAAGUAGAUGAAUCAUUGUAUUGGGUUUACUGCCCUUUCUUUUACAAGACUAGUGAGUCUUAGAAGUGAAAUGGAGAUAGGUUUGGAAGCUUCAAGGGAGUGAUGCUUAUUGACAAUGCGCUUGUUCUGGUGGCAACAACUGCCGCUGCUUAUACUGAUUCAACUUUUAGAACCCAGCAGAACAAGCAACAAACUAUAUGCUGAAGCUUCACUUGCUUUCAGGAGCAAGGUUGGAAGUCCUCAACAGCCAACCAGUAACGCUGGGAGAAACCCAUGCCUAAGACAAAAGACAUGUGUCAAUUGUUAUAAACUGAAGGACCCAGGUGUUGCUUCUUUCAGGUUUCCUGGAAUCUGUACAUUUUCCCUGCAGGCUAAAACAUUCAAUUUGUUACCUGAUGCACCAAGAUCUUUCACCUCACAUUCAUUAUGUCAAUUACAAGAAAAGAUCCAACAACCAAGAAAUUACAGGAAGAUAGAAGCUGCAGCUUACGAGGAUAAUGGUGUUCCAACUCUCAUGCCUGUGCAGGAAGCUCAUGAACAGAAACCAAGAAAGCGGAAAGUUGCAGCCAUAAUUGGUGGUGCAGUUGCUGCUCUUCUUGUGGUUUUUGUAGUGGUGCUUGUGUACAUAUGCUUGAUGCGUGUCAGGAAAUACAUAAGGCGAACAUCUGAUACUGCAUCUUCCGUGCCAUCUCUACCUGCUGAACUGGAAAUAGGGAGUAUAUCCCCCUAUGCUUGUCCUCUCUCUCCAUUUGAUUCCCAGAAUUUAAGGCAACUAACCAUUCAGGAACUGAAGCGAGCUACAUGUGAUUUCAGUCAAAACAAUAUCCUAGGUGAAGGUAGAUUUGGUUUUACUUAUAAGGGACUGCUUCAAGAUGGUUCCAUUGUGGCUAUCAAGAGACGCCUAUAUUCUGCAACUCAGUAUUUCUUUCAUGAGGUGAAGAACAUAGCUCGUGUCAACCAUAUGCAUCUUGUCAGUCUUAUUGGUUAUUAUCAAGAUGCCCAUCAACAGUUACUUGUCUAUGAUUACCUCUCUAAUAGAAACAUAGGGAACCACCUUUAUGAUAGUGAAGGAUUACCUAUAGGAAAGCUUGGCAUACGGCAAAGGCUAUCAGUAGCGCUGGGUGCAGCAAGAGGACUUGAACAUCUUCACAGCUUGGUGCCUCCUCUGCUACACAUGCAUUUUAGAACAAGCAAUGUUCUCGUGGAUGACAAUUUUAUGGCUAAGGUGUCUGAUUAUGGACUUACCAAAUUUGUAAUUGAGGGUAAUCAUGCUGGAUCAUCUUCAUCCAUUGAUUGCUUUCUUGACCCAGAGUUAGAUAUACCCAAGAAAUUUUCGGAGAGAAGUGACGUGUAUAGUUUUGGGGUCUUCUUACUGGAAUUGAUUAGCGGACGUGAAGCACAUGGCAGAUACCAGUCAAACUCGGUGGGGAAUUUAGUAUUACAGGCCAAGAAUCGCAUGGAAUUCGAGAAUUUCGUAGAUAAAUCAUUAGAGGGCCACACAAUGUAUGCUGCAAAACAGAUGAUGGGAUUAGCAAUGAUAUGUAUAGAUGCCAGUGUUAGAAGACCAACCAUGAAAUUUGUUCUUGAGGAGCUUGAACGGAUUCAAGAAUCUGAAGUUGAUGUGCAGAUUGGUGCUGUGACUCUUGGAAGUGAGCUCUUCAAAUGAGUGUUUUUUUUUUUUUUUUUCCCAGCUGUCUUUUGGUUAUCUGCCAAUUCUUUUAUUGAUUAUAUUUCUUCUAAUUACCACAGAAACCCAAAAAAGGGGGGG